GGAAUAACCUGGUUCGAAAUGGGAUUAUACGAUGACUACAAUAAUAACUUAAUCAGCCUAGCUACUAGGUUGAUAUCAUCAUUCGAUCAAAUACUUUGAGGGGAUCUAAUCAUCGACAGAAGCUGAUAAUACAGAAAUAUCUAAGCAAAUUUAUCACGUGUUAAAUAACUAGAUUUUUAUGUAGCAGACGAUGGACUCGAGUAUUGCAGAAUUAACUAAGAGGAUUGAAGCUUUGGAGAAAGCACUGCGCGAAAAUGUAGUAUCAAUAUCGAAAGAUGACCCUCCCGGGGAGAAAAAAGUCGACGGGCCAAAGCAAGCAGAGAAGUUGGCCUCACAGAAAGAAGAGGCCCAGCCUAAGAUCAACGGAGAAGAUGAGACCGACCUUUUGAAAAAGCACGUCGAGUCCCGCAGAGAGGUAUGGAAUUUGGACGGGAAAAAAUCAUGGGUCUCCGAUGGCGAGGAAAACACGGAGACGGAUGACCUCCAACCUUCGGGAAAGCAGCGAUUCCGCUAUGACACGCCCGAACGAGGGAGGCCUACCUUCACGAUAUUCAAGACCGCAGCCUUGUUUGACACCUUAUCAAAGCUUUGCCCGCCUGCUCAUGAAGGACAGGUCAGGGCCUUUGACGACCGGAUCGAAAUCCUGGGCGCCUACCCUCUCCUCAAAUGCCGCGAUGAGCUUUUAGCAAUGAAAGAUACGACGACGGAUGAGAAUAUCAAGAUCGAGUUAGAAGUGAUGCGUCAGUUGUAUGAGCGAAAGCCUCACCUAGUCAACGUUAAGACGCGCCAAGACGAGCUGCUUAAGAAACAUAAAAUCGACUUUGAGGGACUAGGAGGACUUUUCUACAAAGGCCAACUAGUAGUGUUUCGUGAGCUGCGUGACGAGUGGGCUGUUGCUCGUCUGCAUACCUUUUCUGUCGUGGAAGAUGAUCUCGGGUUUCGUGAUAACAGCAAUAUCGUGAUGGAAUGCGAAGCUAUUGAUUUCGAUGGCAAGAAUUUCAGGAACCACAUGUACCGGAAGUCGAUCGAGAGAUUCGUGGGUACCAAGAACAUCAUAGAACUGGAGGUAUACCCACUAUUUUAUCAUCCCGACAAGGAAUCGCUGAUCGAGGUGUCAAUUAAAUCGGGACAGCGAUGGCGCGAACUGCAUGAGCGUCUGACCACUCCAAGUGGACAGCCGAAAGCCGAAGUCAUGCAGUACGUUGGGUACUGCGAAAAGUUUAGCGACGACCCUGACAUUCCCGGUCCUGGUAGAGAAAUUGCCGGAAGAGUCAUUAUAGACCCUACAAGGUUUCCCGACCGGAACAUAACAUUUACAGAAAACAACACCGACCCAUUCAGAUCUGAAGCCUUUGACGGAAAGCCUGAGAACAAUCCCUUAGUUCUGUGUCCUGAAAGGGUCCUCGUAUAUAGCCUUAGCGACAACGAAUGGUAUUACGUCGCGAUGCGUAGACUGGCUGACCCCACCUGGAUUCAGGGUGCCUGGGGGCGUUUGGUCAAGCCUCACUCAAAAUCUACUGCCGCUAAGUCUAUCGAACGAAUUCGGCUGUUGGCUGAAGCUCAUACCAGCGCCAACAAGAAUAGAGAGCCUGAUAACAAUCCCAAUAACUUCCGAGGAAAGGGGAAAGGAUUAACCUUUCUUCUACACGGGCCUCCAGGUGUUGGCAAGACCAUGCUAGCUGAAUGUCUUUCGGAAGAGCAACAGAAGCCGCUAUACAGAGUGAACUUAGGCAUGCUUGUCGCUGAUGACCGAUGGGAAUCUGAGAUCGAAGAAAUCUUCCGGCAAGCGCACUUCUGGGGCGCAAUCCUGCUAAUCGACGAGGCAGAGGUCGUCAUGUCGGAACGAACCCCUGAAAACAUGCAUAGCUUGGCAUGGGUUGCUGUGUUUCUCCGAAAGAUCGAAUAUUUCGAAGGCAUCCUCUUCCUCACGACAAACCAAAUCCACAUGAUAGACCCGGCUUUUAUAUCCCGCGUCAACCUCGGCAUGGCAUUCCCAGAACUCGACUCCGACACACGCCUCAAGAUCUGGCAAAAGAUACUCAGCGACCCCGAUGAGUCAGACGACGGUUACUGGCUGCUAAAGGAUAGGCACACGCUUGACGAAUGGGCGACGAGGCCCCUUAAUGGCCGGCAGAUCAGGAACGUGGUAUAUUCUGCACGACUCCUUGCCCGAUCAAGUGAGAGUACGCUCAGAAAAGAGCAUAUUGAAGACUGCUUGAAAGAUGUUAUGAACUUUAUGGAUAUGAUAAAGGAAGAGAAGAAGACAAUAGAGAUGAAUUAUAUGUCCAACUGGUCCUAGUGGAAUUAAUAAGGGUAUCGCGUCCCGAGAAGUGAGUUACAGGCCUUGGUGUAACCACGUCAAUGCGGAUGAGUCGGACAUUGGGACAGUGGGAGCUGAGGCACAAAUCAAACUUCCACAUAGAUCUAGAAGCAAUGGAUUUUUUCCUGUGCUCUUUUGAUAUUGAUGGGGGAUGCCGCUCGUUUAUGCAGACCCCUGGUCAUCGACUGUCUAGAUGAGAGGUUCCAACAAAGGCCGUA